AUGUCUCUGCACGACGAUUUCACCAAGGAAUUACUAAUUACUGUUGGCACUUUCUUACCACUCUCCGAUUUGAAUAAUUUUGCCAGAUGUGACACUAAAUUGUUGGAUUUAUUCUUCAAUUUAACAACUGAAAAGGUGAAUGCAAUUGCAAAGAGAAAGAAGGAAUUGAGUAAGAAGAAUAUUGAAAGUAGAAUUGUAGCUCUCAAGGGUGAAUACAGCAAGUCUGAGGACUCUAACAUUCAAAAAUUAAUUUGGAAACCACUUGUUCUCUUCUACUUUCCAAAUUAUUCAACAAGUGUGAAUGUGAAAAAUUGGAUGCAUGUCAUGAGGAGGAGAAUUAUUCAUUUGGAUAACAAAUUUCCCAAUGAAUUGCCACUUUUAAAGGAAAGAACAACAAUUGCUGGAUUUAAUUUAUUUAGAGUUGAUAAGGAUCGUCAAUUUAUUGAAAAUUGUGAAUGGGAAUAUGAAUGCCCACUGAAAUCAAAUGCAUUUAAAGUCGUUUCACCAAAUGUUAAAUAUUGUAAAGUGUGUAAGGAAAAUGUAUAUGAAGUGUUUACAAUGGAAGAGUUUAAAUCACACGUUGAACAAGAUCAUUGUGUUUCAUUCUCUGAAUUUUCAAGAAAGCAACAAGCUGAAUUAGGUAAAAGAAAAAGAGGAAAGAUUAGAGUUGUUGAAACAAAUGAUGACAACUCUACACCUUCUAAAAAAUUGAAAUAA